CAAAUAGAGACUAUAUGUUUGGGCUUUAGGCCCAAUAAAGUUUUACUGAAACUAUUAGGGUUUUGUUUCAAAUUAGGGCUCGGUAAGAUAUCGGGAGUUGGAAUUGAAAAAAGAUCAAUGCUUUGGAGUUGAAUCUCUCUGUGUUUAGUUUCUUCGUCUUCGCUGGAAAGAUCAUUACGCGAAUUUGUCGGCCCACGACCAAUCUGCCGACAUUGACGCUGCUGCAAGAAAUGCUGCUCUGGACGAAAUAUUCAAAUGGAUGGACUUCAGUUCUUGAGAUUGGCAGCUAGCUUGUGGGUCUAGGGUUUCGCCAUGGAACUGUAUCAAGCUCUGUUUCCGAAGGAGAGAGGAGAGAGAGAGAUAAGACCGUUAUGUCAAUUAUUAUUUUUAAAAUGAAGAGGAAAAAUAAUGUCUUGUUGUCAUCCCCUAACAGGCCCAGGCCCAUACACAAAUGGGCCGAGAAACCCAAAUUAAAAACACAGUCGUUUUAACGAGGCGAGAGCGUGACCUUCACGCGAGAAGAAGACCGCUGAGCCUUAGACAGGAUCGAUCUUCCAAGAAAGUAGGGAUCGGGACAAUAACUCUUCUCCUCCCCGCUUCUCUCCUCUCAACUUUCUAAGAUUUGUCGAUCUAAGAUUCAUAAUGGCGGCUCAAGCUCAACGGCUCUCCUCUCGCAACGUUAGAUCCCUGUUUGACUCCGUCGACGCUUUCUUGUUUGACUGCGAUGGUGUUAUAUGGAAAGGUGAUAAGCUCAUCGAUGGCGUCUCUCACACUCUCGACACGCUCCGUUCCAUGGGGAAGAAGCUAGUGUUCGUGACGAACAACUCGACGAAAUCGAGGAAGCAAUAUGCCGAGAAAUUCCAAUCUCUUGGUGUCUCUUCUGUUACGGAGGAGGAAAUCUUCUCUUCUUCAUUCGCUGCGGCUAUGUACCUAAAGGUCAACAAUUUCCCCAAGGACAAGAAGGUUUAUGUUAUAGGUGGAGACGGCAUUCUUGAGGAGCUUCGGCUUGCCGGUUUUACGGGUCUUGGUGGUCCUGAAGAUGGUGAAAAGAGGGUUCAACUGAGAUCAAAUUCUCUGUUUGAGCAUGAUAAAACUGUCGGAGCUGUGGUGGUUGGGCUGGACCCCAACAUCAACUACUAUAAGCUUCAGUAUGGCACCCUCUGCGUGCGUGAGAAUCCGGGUUGCCUUUUCAUUGCGACCAACCGUGAUGCAGUAGGUCAUAUGACUGAUUUGCAAGAGUGGCCUGGUGCCGGUUGUAUGGUCGCUGCAAUGUGUGGAUCUACCGAACGAGAACCGAUUGUUGUUGGAAAACCUUGUACUUUCAUGAUGGAAUUUCUACUACAGAAGUUUGGAAUAGAAACGUCUAAAAUGUGUAUGGUGGGUGAUAGACUCGACACCGAUAUCUUGUUUGGUCAGAAUGCGGGCUGCAAAACCCUCCUCGUUCUUUCGGGGGUGACAACCGAAUCUGCCCUGCGACAAGAGGGUAACAAGGUUCAACCAGAUUAUUACACAAGCACUGUCUCUGAUAUUGUGAAGCUGAUGGAGCCAGAGUUAUAAUUCAAUACAUGAAAAUAUGUAAGAGAAGGAACAAACCCAUGAGUUCCUCCUUUUCACUGCCUUCAUUGAUUUGAUCGUCUAAAUAAUAUAGCAAACCGGAUGGCAUAGCCGGUCCGGUUCGGUUUUACUUGGUAUUGAA